AUGACUGUGGCCAAGAGGAAUCCAGCGCGGUUUUGUUUGUGCCACAGGGGAAAGGGAACCCGAGCGGCACCGGAGUUGCGCUACACAGCCAUAGGCAACAAACCACCAUCAUUGUAUCUAUCUCGCCGAGAGGCGAACGAUAACUGCGCGGAGUUACGUUCGAUAGGGCGUUUGGAUUGUGUUUCUCCGUGGGACUUGACUGGAGGGGUGACUAUGACCUCUGAGGCAUUGAGGCUGUUGCUUAUCGCGACUUCCUUAUCGGUUCCUGAUAAGCGUCUGAUUGGCCGCAAUCGGAAGUAUACGUACCAGAGAUGCGGUCACAUCAUUGUGAGGGAAUUCGAUGGAUGGUUUGAGGAUGCGUUGGGUUUCCAGCAGCAGUCGGCCGAUGGGACCAUUUCUUUUCUUCCAUCUUUUCCUGCUCGCCCCCACUGCGGCAAAAAGCUCAACAGUCCCAGGCAAUAUUACUUGCUCAAUAAUCCCCGAUACCGUGAAUACACGAUUAAUCACGGUCAACUGGAGACUUCGUAA